CGAUUCCAUCCGCACCGACGCCCCUCGACUUCGACAACUCCCAGCAGCAACCUCCGUCGUCGCCAACCCGCAGUCGUCCCAACCGUCGUGAUGGCGCAAGAACGUUCCGGAAUCGUGGUCGGUCUGAACAAGGGCCACAAAACCACCCCCCUCAACACCCCCAAGACCCGGAUCAGCCGUACCAAGGGCCAGUCUUCCCGCCGCACGGCCUUCGUUCGUGAGAUCGCCCGCGAGGUUGUCGGUCUUGCCCCCUAUGAGCGUCGUAUCAUCGAACUCCUGAGAAACACUCAGGACAAGCGCGCUCGUAAGCUCGCCAAGAAGAGACUCGGUACCUUCGGCCGUGGCAAGAGAAAGGUCGAGGACAUGCAGCGUGUCAUCGCCGAGGCCCGCCGCACUGGCGCUCACUAAGCUUCCCAUUUCUCUCUCCUCAAAUAUCUCCUGUUUCCAGUUUUCUCUCUCUCCUAUUAGCCAAGAAUGAGAUAACGAAAACAUCCCACACCCAACCUCAAAAAAUGAAAUGAAAGUGAAAGUGAGAAACAAGCAAAAUCAUGUUUCAAUACAUCCCUCUCUCUCUCUUCCUCCGAGUUGUAAAUUAGCCCCUAGCCCCUAGGGCGCAAAGCGUGGUGUGUGAGGGGUUGGCUGGUAGGGGCGCUUGACUUGAUCUCAGUACUUCAGCCCCCACAGGCCUCUUUCACAAGUUUGUCUUGGAGGACUUGGGGGGGAGUCUGGGGUUGAUGGACAGGAAAACAAAAAGGGAAUGAAAUGAGAAGGGUUUAGAAAAACGGAGUUAAAUACAAUACCACUGCACUACUGGGAUUUUUUUUGUUUUCGGA